GCUGCUUUGAAGCAGCAAGAGGAAAUGGAUCAAAUGGACGUAAUGUCUCAUGACAUUUUCAAACUUACUACUGAGAAUGAGAGACUGCAAAGUAAACUUGCUGAAAUGCUUGAGACACAGCAUGCUUAUGAGGAUGCCAUCUCACAGUAUCAGAAGAAUGCAGACAACGCUGCAGAACUGACACAUGAAAAUCAAGAACUUGUGAACAGGAGGCUACAAGAUAAACUUAAGGAUGCCACAAGUCAGAAAGCGCAUGAUUAUGAAGCUGCAGUAUUGCAAAAACAGAAGGAUGCAGAUAAACUUACUUGUUUGAAGCAUGACAAUCAACGGCUAGCGUAUGAAAACAAGAAACUACAAGGUAAACUUGAAGAUGCUUUAAAUGAGUAUGCCCAUCAGGUUUCUGUUUCUCAGCCGCAAAAGGAUGCAGACAAACUGAACUGUCUGACGUAUGAAAACCAACAAAUGGCUUCUGAAAUGAAAAGACUACAAGGAAACCUAGAGGAGUCUGUAAAUGAGCUCCAACAUGCACAAAAGCAGCAGCAAAGAGACAGAGAAACAUGUUGUAGACUUGAGGAGAAAGUCAAGAAGGAGAAAGCUCGCUUUUUAAAGAUGCACAAAAUAAUUGAGAUGGGGAAAAUGGCCAGUAUUACGUCAAUAGGAAAAUUAUAUGAUAUGCAAACACUGGUAAUGGAAAAUGACAAUUUAAAGACCAAAAUGAAAGAUAUUGAGGCAAAAUAUGGAGGGACACUGUCCGAAAACCAUUCACGUUCUAAGCUUCAUGGAAAAAUUAUGUCACAAAAGGAUGAGAUUAUUGCUGAGAAUCAAGCUACCAUUGCUAGGCUUGAAUGUUUGAUUAAUACACUUAACACACAACAGUCAGAGAGCAAAGCACAGCAAGCUAAUCUUGAAGAUCCAUUGGGACAGGCAAGAACACAUAGCACUGCCUGGUGGGAAAGAUCAAAUCAAAGUGCUUCUGCUUUUGAAAAAGAAAGAGCUUUACGUGAACAGUACCAAGCAGAGCUAAAAGAAGCCCACAGAAAGCAAAAUAAAGCAAUGGCAGAACAGCACCAACUAACUGAGGCCCUCAAGAGAUCUCAGGACAACUUCAGAAGACUUCAGGAACAGCUCCAGUCUGAGUCAAAUAAUCAACUCAAAUUACUGACCGACAGCGAGUUCCGGUUUAAGGAGCAGAAAAUAUCUUUAGACCAGGCAAGGGAUGACUGAACUAUGGAAAAGGAGAACUCCUGAGCAUAAUUCAAAAUGGAUCUCCGAUCCCUACAAAAUUAUGUCCAUGAGAGAAGCUAAAGCAUCAGGUCGAAAUGUUGAUUUGGUCAAAGUCUUUUGUCAUGUCCCAUAGCUAACUUUCAUUCAGCAGAGAUUUAUAGCAGCUUUACCAUAACUGGUCCUUCAUCCUCUCAAGAAGUCAUUCUGAAUAUCCAGGAAAUGUUGAUUUGCCUUCUAAAUUGUAUAGAAAGAUCUUCAGACAUAAGAUAUUAACCUGGUCUGUAGUGUUUCAUUAUAUUUUCAGUACAUAAUAAGCUACAACUUACCAAAUAUUAGUAAAAUAAUAAAGCCUUUCUCUCAAAAAAUUUCAAA